AUGAGUACGGCUACAGACUCUGCAUCGACCUUGUUCGAUGUCUACUGCGGUGUCUGGACCAACUGGUCCAGAGGGCGUGUCCUCGGCGCCACCCUCACACUCAGCCGCGACGACGGCAACCUGCUCAUCGCCUUCAUCGCAUUCUUCAUUACCAUUGUGGGCACCCGGUUAUGGAGGAUUCUCUGCUUUGCAUUUCACUCGGCCUUUUCAUCGGACACGCCGAGAGACGCACUUCACCACCAGCGACAAGCGCUCCUCCGAAACUCGGGGACAGCGCUAUCAGGACUCAUCACUCUGACCGAACUGCUCUGGGCAUGGCGCCGUAGCGCCAAAAACCUUUACAUUCGCAUCCUGCCCAUCAUGGCUUGCACGGCGCUGUUUGCAUGCGCCUUCACCGUUGCGAGCGGCUUUUCGUCCAGAGUCACGACAUCCGUCGGCAACGAAGUGCUGCUUUCGGGAGCCAACUGCAAGGUGGAGAACACUUCACUGGUUCUGUCUGCCGAGGACCGCGAACUCUUGUUCGAGCCGUAUGAUGCCAGAAACGUCGGAGCGGCAUCCGACUAUGCGCAGCAGUGCUACUCCGCCUCGACCACCGGCUCGCUGGAAUGCAGCACCUACAUCAAGAAGCGGCUGAAAACCUCGGCCGUGACAAACGCAAGCUGCCCGUUCCAGCCAGGCACCUGCCGCAGCGAGAACUCGGCUCUGCUUCUCGAUACGGGCCUUCUUGACAGUAACGACGACUUCGGCCUCAACGCCCCUUCCGACCAGCGCUUCCAAUACCGGCGCGUGCUUCACUGCGCACCGCUGGCCACCGAAGGCCUCAAGAGCCAAUACAACCUCUCCUCGGACCGAUCCUUCACCCGCUACCACUUCGGCCCCACCAGCGCCCACAACUUCACCUACGAGUACUCCAACGACGCCAUCUGGGAAUCCAAGCGCCUCAAAAGCACCAACGCCGUCCGGGACUACACCAUCGGUGUCCUCCAAGCCUCCUUCAGCAACGGCACCCUCUCCCAGACCUCAGACUGGACCCCGUCCCCCUCCCUCGCCGCCCCCCACCCCAACGCCGACAUCCUCCUCUUCUUCCUCUCCGCCAACGCCAUCGUCUUCGCCCAAAACACGACCGACGACUGGUACCGCGCGACCCACAUCGCCGGCCGCAUCCACCGCGGCGACGGCGACUCCAUCUCCGUCUUCGCCCAAGACGAGCCCGCGUCGCCGCUCGGCUGCGUCCAGCAGGAGCAGCUGUGCAACCCGCACGCCGGGCGCUGCACGCCGCUGGCCGGGAGCGACGCCGUGUACGACGUCGCCGCGUCGUCGCUGUUCGGCGACGACCAGGACCGCGUCGACGCCUUCACGUGGGCGUUCGAGGGCGGCCUCGAGACGGCGCUGCUGCACCUCGUCGUGCGCAUGCUGGCGACGCGCUCGCUGCAGUCGAAAUACAGCCUCACCAACGGCAUGCAGGGCCCCGUCGCCGCGAACCAGUGGCAGCUCGACGUCCAGGCCUGGCACGACACGGUGCUCGCGGUCGUGCAGGAGGCUUUCGUCGCGACGGCGCGCGGGCCGGCGGCGGCGGCUGUCGACGCGGGCGUGGAGGAGGAGGAGGAGAUGUUUGCGGGGCCGGACACGCGCGCUGCGAGGGGGUUGUGUGCGAAUCAGAAAAUCCGCAGCACAGCCUUCGUCUCCUUCAACCUCCUCGGCCUGACCCUCAUCCUCUCCCUCGGCGCCCUCGUCAUCCUCGUCUCCGCCGUCCUCGAGCCGCUCGUCGGCUGCGUUCAACGUCGCCGGCACUGCGGGAAAACCAGGUCCGGCGGCGGCGGCGGUGGCGGCGGCGGCGGUGGUGGUGACUCCUCGGCCCUGUACGCCCGCCUCGAGUGGAGCGCCACCGAGACGCUGCAGCUGCAGCGGCUCGCCCACGAGGAGUUGGGCUUCGGCGGGAAGUGGACGCGCGGCGCCGAGGCGGUGCCGGUGGCGGAGGGGGAUGAGGUGUUGGCGGUGUUGGAUUUGAGGGAGGUGGGGCAUCCGAGGUUGUUGGGGAGGGGUGAUGAUGGUGGUGGUGGUGAAGGGGAUGGUUUGGAUGGGGGGAGAGGAGAGGAAAAGGUGGACGGGGGGAAGGCGGGUGGUGAGCGGCGGGGGGAGGGGAUGAGGGUGACUGUUGUGCGGCAGGGGACGGACUCGACGUCGUUUUCGGAUGCGUCCCGGGAGUCGGCUUUGGGGAGGAUGAGUGAUGUCUCUCCGAUUGGGGCGGGGGAGAGGGAAGUGUAG